AUGGUCGCAGUGAUGCUCCCAACUUCAAGGAAACCAGUGGAACAGAAGAAGCCAACAAUCAUUGAUCAAAACUGGCCAUGUUUCGUUAUUGCAUUCUCAAUGGCUACAAUCAAACUUCUCUUGUCAUAUACCGGAAUCGAGGACUACAAAGUUCCAGGAUUCAACGACGUCAACGUAUUCUUCCUGAUGGAACUCGGUUCAACUCCUCUUGCCAUUAUUAAUCCACGUGUCUGGUUUGCCAUGUUCAUGUGCUCUCUUGCCUAUAUGUCUGUUGAGACUGGAUAUCCAACUGUUGCUAUUGUAACUAUCGUCUCCAUGUUAUUCAUCGCCUACGCCAUGGAAUAUUCUGAUUACAAAAGAAAACAAGAAAAUCAGAAGACUGCCGUCUAUCAAAUUCUUCCACUUGUCGAUGAGAAGAAACUGAAAGAGCAGGAAAUGAUUUGA